AUGACAUGUCUGGCCAAACCAGCAAUGGUCAAUGGGACUAUGAGAGGAUAAGUACCCGAUCUGGCCUUAAUUCGAACUUGAGUAGAUGCACUCUCGACUCUUGAUUAAUUGAGUUGAUUCCAGUUUUUCGUUUUUCAGUCAUCAUGAGGUUAUCUCUCCUUGCCAUCGCUUUCUUGAAAAUUGUUCCAGCUUUUGCUGCAUGUACCGACUCUGCAGAUGGAUUCGCUUCCUUAAAUGGCGGUACAACAGGAGGAUCUGGUGGCACCGUUGUCACAGUCUCUAAUCAAGCCGAUUUAAACACCUAUGCCACAGCGCAAGAAAAAUAUAUCAUUAAGGUAGCCGGGAAAAUCACCAUUGCACCCAAAGGUACAGAAAUUAGAGUUUCAAGUGACAAAACCAUCAUCGGAGUUGGCUCUACUGGAGAGAUCUAUGGCGGAGGAUUCUUCUUGAACGGAGUCAAGAACGUGAUCAUCAGGAAUCUCAAGAUCGGCAACACAUAUGUGGAUGGGGACUAUGACGGGAAGACCCAGGACUGGGAUGGAAUUCAAAUGGACACUGCUUCCAAUGUCUGGAUUGAUCACUGCCUUCUAGAAAGAGGUGGUGAUGGCUUGAUCGACAGCCGAAAAGACACUAAUUUCCUCACCGUAUCUUAUACUAUUCUCCGUGACCACAACAAAGCAUUCGGCAUCGGAUGGACGGAGAACUUAGUCGCACAAGCCACUAUUCACCACAAUUACUUCCAGAACCUCAACCAGCGCAACCCCAGCGCCGACAAUCUGAAAUAUGCCCAUCUUUAUAACAAUUACGUCAAUAAUGUCACUUCAUAUGGCCACUAUACUAGAGGUCAGACAAAUGCGGUUAUUGAAAAUGUGUAUUUCAAGAAGGUGAAGAAUUCGAUUCAGAAGGAUGCGGGAGCUGUGUUGCGUGCGAGUGGUAAUGUGUUCGAUUCUUGCACUGGGACGAUUGCUGCAAAUUCCGGGACUGCUUUCAAGCCUGCGGACUUCUACAAAUAUACUCUGGAUACGAGUGCGAACGUUCCUUCAAUUGUUGAGGCACAGGCUGGGCCAAAGGCCUCAAUUUGUACCUGAGGGGUAUGGCUGAAAACUGCAAGCAUGGUGUGUCUGGAUGUAACUCUCGAUUCUGAGAUGCUGGCUAAAGAACGGGCAUGAAUACCUGGCAAUUUUGUGCCUUCCACGCAAACUUAUGAGAUACAAUCGGCCCUCAUCAAUAGAUUCAAUCAGAUCUCGCAAUGAAGGGAGCAUUGGGUAGACUUCUUGUUGUCGGUGGACCCUGUUGGCUACCAGUCUUAUCCAGUACAACAUUGAUCAAAAUAAAAGAAGCGAAGAUACUCAAACUACAACUCACCAGUAAAUUACACGAGAACUAGAAACCAAACAAACGUUUUUCUUUGCCUGGAGCUUGGUAACUGGGGC